CUCAAACCAAACAUAACCUAAGUUAUGAAAACUGUAAUUUACAACUCUGAAUUUUUCAUGAAAUUGACCCAUUUUCAAGGGUAUAGCUCAAGAUGAGAUAUCCUUCCAAAGCAAGAAAACGGGAACAUGAUGAACUAAUCAUCAAUUGUCCUGAUAUUCUCUUGAUAGAUUAGAUACUAGAGAAUGACAAAGAAGGGGAAAAACAUAUACAUCAUUACAUACUUAGCUGCCAUGCUGCAUGUCUAGCCUCUUCCAACAGAUUCAAUCUUGUGCAAAUACCACAGUUCACGAAUGCAGGCUAAGUUUCAACAAGUGCACUUGUCGAUUAGAAACACAACGUGAGACGUCGUGAGUUUGUGACCUUGUCCCUACCAACAGCAUCGCCAAAAGGUAUUUUCAUCAUCAAAUUUACGUCGGUAAGCUAGCCAACAUACACAAACCAAUAACACAGUUCCACUAGAGAUCUGUCGCACGCAUUUCAUGUAAUAUGCACAUACUAUUCACAAAUCUCAGCAAUUCACAAGCACUUCUUCCUAAUGAUUAACCAGCUAGCAAUUCUUCCUAAAGCAAAUACCCAUGUGCUGCUAUGCUGGCUAAAUUUUGUCAACCUUGCUGACAACAAGUUCCAUAUAAUGCAGGACCUCCGCACAGCAGUAGACAGUUUCGUAGCAAUUACUUGCAUAUUUCUUCCUUACCAACUUGCAUAUUUCUUCCUUACCAAAAAAUUAUAAACCGCUAACUUGUAGGAAUUACGCCGUAAGCAGACCAGCACAAUGACAUUGCACAUUAUUCCCACAACUAAUUUUGCCAAGCAAACAAGUGCGUUAAUGAACUACACUUAACAUUUAACAGCAGUAGAUAGAUGAGCAUAUUCAAUGGCUCAAAUUCAAUAACCACGCAUGAUAUACUUAGUGGUAUUUAUAUAGAAAACAAAAGGACAAAUCCAAAACAAUCAAUCGAACUACCAAACAAAUGUUACAAUUCCCUUCCAAAAACCCGUGAUUUCCUUUUACAAAAUUUCCAAAGAAAUGAUGAAUUUCAAGCCAUAUAAUCUUCCAAAUUGCCUCUUCACAUGGCUUUGUUUGUAGUGAAUAAAAUUGAACAUAAAAAAAUAGCAUCAUCUAUUGUGAUAACAAUCGACCCCACCAACAUAAACUCACGGGCAUAUUACUGCAGAAAAUAUAAAGGAUUAUCUACAAGUUAUAAAAAGUUAUGCCUCUGAUUCUUCAAAUCAUGGACUACUUAAUGUUUCUGUAUUUCUAACUGCUGGGAUGCUCUCUCAUUAGAACCUUCUAUACUACAUUACUACCCCUUCCCCUCAUGUCUCAUCCCAUGAAUAUAAUGUCAAGCUCUCUGUUCUUUGUGAUUUUCUUCGGCCAGACUCUCAAUCUUAUGGCUCAAUCUACGACGACGCCCAUCAGCUCUCGCAUCACUGUGGUAGGUGCUGUUUACUGUGAUACUUGCCUCAACGACGGUUUUUCAAAACACAGCUACUUCAUCCCAGGUGCCGACGUACACAUACAAUGCAAAUUCAAUGCAAAAUCGCCAAAAACAGCGGAGAUGAUAAACUUCUCAGUUAACAGAACAACAGACAUACAUGGAGUAUACAAGCUGGAAAUACCUUCUGUUGAUGGAAUAGAUUGCGUAGAUGGUCCUCCGAUCCAGUCAUUCUGUCAGGCGAGUUUGCUGGGAAGCCCAUCUUCAGCCUGCAAUGUUCCAGCCCUGAAAGCUACAACAACUGAAGUUUCAGUCAAAUCCAGAAAAGAGAAUCUUUGUGUUUACAGCUUCACUUCUCUGAGUUUCAAACCGAGAAAAAAGAAUGAUAAAUUGUGCAGGAAACCAGAAAAAGUAAAGGAAUUAUCAAAUUCUGGUAGUUCAUCCAAGUCCUUGCUUCCACAUGAUUUCCCUUUACCAAAUCAAAAAACUUCUAAAUCACAAGCUUCAAACUUGCAAUCUUUUCCUUUCCCAUUUUCGCCUCCCUCUUUACCUUUUCCGUUCCCAUUUUCAAGUCCUCCAUCUUUACCCUUUCCAUUUUCAAGUCCAGCUCCAUCUUUACCCUUUCCAUUCCCUCCAGUUCCUUCCCUCUUUCAACCGCCACCUCCACCAUCCUUUAGUCUAGGAGACCCAAGAACAUGGAUACCUCACAUCCCACUUACAUCUCCACCAUCACCCCCACCACCUGUAUUUGAUAUACGCAAUCCAAGAACUUGGACACCGAUAAUUCCUCCACUCACUCCACCAAAACCUUAGAAAACAGAAUUCAUGAAGUAGGAUUUUUGUUUUCCAGUUAUCAAAAAAUUAUUGCUUUAUAUUGUUCCUUGUUACACAUAUUGUGACUCAAAAUAUGAGUCUAUGAUGUACAGCAGGAAUUACAUAUAAAUAUUGUAAUGUAUUUGUGUCAAAUUACUACAGUCAAUAUAGCUCAUACAUUCA